AAUGUUAUGGAUUCCGAGUCGCAUGGAUGGAUGCAUUACGAUUGCGCUUUUGGCUGGCCUACAAACUACAUAAUAACGUCACUCUCGCAUGUGAUGGUAGAUAUCUUGAUCACGAACUCUACGAUUCGGAGUUUAGGAGGUCGAUGAUAGACUAUGGCAUACAGUGGCUGGUACUCUAAAACUGAGGUAUCAGGAGCAUGGCAUUGACGGGCUUAGCAAACUUCAGCGGGCAUACUAAGGGGGUUCUCUAUCCUCGAAGUGGUCUAUAUUUUCAAGGUCUAAUGUCAUUGUGUGCCAGUGUGGUGCAUGUCCUAUUUUUAACAUCAGUUGAGCUUAAUAUUCAUCUUUUCAAGAGCGUCGAUGUUCAAAUGCACUUUUGGUCGUCUUUUGUUCCACAAUAAUAAGAAAAAAGAAAGAAGCACUGGGCCUCGAUUGAUUCACUCUGAGAACGAUAUGCUAUCAAUAUGGGCACUUCGUAGUAUCAAUAUUCAUUCAUAUAUUACUUAAAGGUACACUUCUACUCAACGAAAACAGUUUACCAGCAACAGGAAAACCCUUCUAAACUAUACCCGAGGCUUUUAGAAACAACCAUAAAUAAAUGCCGAGAAGCAUCUCUGUAAUGCCUAAAAAAAAAGAAAAAGAAAAAGAAAAUAAAAGGGAAAAGACAGGGAAAGAAA